ACUGGCACUGCUCAUACAGUAAAUAUUUGUGUUUGCUCAGCCGGCUGUAAUGGUGGAUGACUGAAAGAGAAAGAGACAAGAAAUAUUCACAAGGACUGAAUUCCUGGUUGAACACUAAAACAGACGCUUAGACAAUAAGCUCCGGCGAAUAUGGAUGAACUUAAGCACCAAGUGAUGAUAAACCAGUUUGUCCUGACAGCUGGAUGUGCGGCGGACCAGGCGAAGCAGCUUUUGCAAGCGGCACAUUGGCAAUUCGAGACUGCGCUCAGUGCCUUUUUUCAAGAAACCAAUAUUCCAUACAGUCACCACCAUCAAAUGAUGUGCACUCCAGCCAACACGCCCGCGACGCCCCCCAACUUCCCCGACGCGCUUACCAUGUUCUCCCGCCUCAAGGCCUCAGAGAGCUUCAACAGCAGCAGCCCCAUGGGCUCCAUGGCCACGUCUCCGCCCCCUCAGGUCAGCUGGGGCGUGACCCCCCCGGCCCCGAGCCAGCAGGGACUGUGGACACAGGGGCACGCCCCCACGCAGGCGCCCCCUCCUGGAUGGCCCUCCGCCGUCACCCAGCAAGCCUCCACCGAACAGAAGGCCAGCGUAGCCAUGGAGGCCGAGAGAUGAGGGCCCGGGCGGAAGGGGCCCAUGCUAACGGGGAGGGGGGUGGGCCAGGGGCAGGGGAGGGGAAGGGGGGGAGGAUAUGGUCUCCUCCUUCACUAGUGGAAGCCUGAAGAGGGGAAUUGGCUCCAUAACCAAGAAAACCAAGCAAUGUGGACAAUUAAGGAGGGUGAAACCAAUAUACAGUUAAUAAUAAAAAAGCGCACACACAUUUAACUAAAUCAGAAAGCAUCAGCCAUGUUUAUUAGGUUUCUUUUUCCUCAAUAAAUAGAUAGGCAUAAAGUUGGAAAUUAAAAAAAAGGACUUUUGUGAUGUCAUGCCCAAGGAUUAUCUCAAGCAUUUCUCUGAAACAUGGACGUGUAUGGCAGCAUCUGUUUCUAUUCUUUACUUCUUUCUCCUCUGGAACUGGUGUCUGUGCUGAACUGAGGCCUGUGGUACCAGUGUUUGCACUGCAUGAAGAGUGGCGAUCUGUCAUUGCCGUUUUUCAUUUCAAAUGUUCAUCACAGCGCAAGUGUAAACGUGUAGAUAUCAGACGCGCGUUUACACUCUCAAGCCAGUUGAAGCAACCCGGACAUUUUCCACCCCAUCGGAUGAUAGGAAACUGCUCAGCUCUGCAGUCACCUGACUUUUUUUCAGCCAAUCAGGGAAUUUCAACAGUUGAUAACACAGGACACUUUAUAUCAAAACCAGGUUUCAACAAAUGCAUCACCUCUGGUCUUCUCUAUCAGUUAAAUACUUAAUAGGCUUUCUUUAUUUGUUUAAGGAUUGAAAGGGUGUGGAUAAGAACAUGGACUGAAACAAAAAACAAUUCUGCAAAGAUGUGCGGACUUAGGUAUUUUUAAAUCAUGGUAUAUUAUUUUGUAUUAUUUGGGGGUGUUUAGGUGUUUUAUUGUGUUUGAGGGAGGGCAGAUCAAAGUCGCCGAUGAGCUACACAAAACGAGACUACUGUUAGACAUGUUUGUAAGCAGACUUGCCACUUUGCAUGAUAUGUUCAAAUGUAUACCAUCUUUUUGUAGCAAAUGUACAUUAAAGAAGAGACAUUGCUUUGGGGGCAGAUCUACAUGGAUUUUAUUCCUUCCCCAGUUUAUAUUUGUUUCCUGAUAUGUUGUGAUUCUCUGCAGUUGGGCCCUUUGCUCCUGAAUUACUUCAUGUGAGGGAGGGGGCGCGAGGGAGACACGGGCUAAAGUAAAUAUGCAAAUUCAGGGUAGGAAUCAUCCCAUUUUUUACUAUCCAGUUAUUUAAAAAAAUAAAAACUGAAAAAAACUUGUGUUAAGUGUCAAUUCAUGUUUCCACCGAAGACAAGUAGAAGGAUCGCUUUACACUGAGAGGUAAAACCAGUAGCCCAUCUUUAAUUUUAUUUUUUUCCAUUUUCAGUUUUCUAAUCAAAUUGUCUUAGGAUCGCCUGUUCCUAAAUGGUUUUUCAUGUAUUUUUUUUUCUCCCUGUAUGACUGUAUUGAUACCAUUCCCACAAUAUUUGUGGACUACCUGAUAAUUAACUUAUCAUUUUUUUUUUGUGUUUCUAAAUAAAUAUUGUAUGUCCUA